GCCCAACUGCCUGAAUGAUUAAAGAGGGCGAACCGAAGGGCGCAGAGUCCCAGACUGGCCUUCGUAAUCGCUCACAGAAGAUCGCGAACCAAAAAGAUAGACCCGACGGGCUGGUGUCCUCUACUGACGUUCCAGAACAUGUCACUUCGCCUCUAGCAGUCUUUGACCUCCUCACGUCUGUAUCUUUAGUGUUCGGAGGAUGUUGUGUUAACGUCCUGACCUUCGAAUCACUCUUACGAAGGAGCUCCUCACUAGGGUCCCUGAUAACAUUCGGGCAGAUGCUCUUCAUUGCCUGUCAGUCCUUACCUUACUUUCUAAUAUGGCACAAAUCGUCGUUUCUACCUCGGCUGGCGCCACGCCAAGUGCCUCUGCAUGCAUGGUCUCUGCAAGUCCUUGUGAUGCUCAGUAGCUCGUUACUGAAUAAUUGGUCUUUUGCGUUUACACCGCUCACGCUGCAGAUUGUCUUCCGUUCGUCUGGACUACCUGUUUCAAUGCUUCUUGGCCGGAUAUUCAUGAAGAAACGCUACUCUGUCGUUCAAACUGCGUCAGUGAUGUUAGUGACGGCAGGAGUGAUAAUAGCAACUCUUUCUCGGCCGUCGUCCGCUGCAGCACGCACGGUGAACCAUGCCGAUGAUCAGAAACGCUACAUCAUCGGCAUCUGCAUGUUAAGCGUGACACUGCUUUUGACGGGCAUUCAAGGUAUGCUGCAAGAGAAGGCAUACAAGAAAUAUGGGCCAUGCUGGAGAGAAGGCGUCUUCUACACGCACUUAUUGUCACUUCCCAUGUUUGUAUUUUUAACAAAGGAUAUACGGGAGGGAUUGAGUGUUUUGCGGAACUCACGUGAUGGAGUGUGGGAUGCACACGUGGUAUUCGCAGGGAACCUGGUUACGCAGCUUCUAUGCACCUCUGGCGUCAACCAGCUUGCUUCUAGGGUGAGCUCAGUGUCGACGAACCUGGUGCUAACGGCACGGAAGGCGCUGAGUCUGUGCCUCAGUGUCUGGCUGUUUGGGAGUGAUUGGAAUUACCAGCUGGUGAUCGGGGCGUCCCUUGUCUUCAUUGGGUCGCUGAGCUAUGCGCGGGGUGCAUCGCGGCGUUGAGUAGGACGUAGAAAUAGAGAAUAGAGCAUAUAGAAACGGGAAUGUAAUUGAGAUGAG